GUGUACUAUGCCAAAAAGAAGCGACGGGCACAACAAAACCAAGGGGAUGACUCAUCUCACAAAAAGGAGAGAAAAUUGUACAACGAUGGCUAUGAUGAUGAUAACCACGAUUAUAUUAUCAAGAAUGGUGAAAAAUUCCUUGAUCGGUAUGAAAUUGACUCUCUCAUUGGAAAAGGUUCCUUUGGACAAGUUGUGAAAGCUUUUGACCAUGAGGAACAAUGUCAUGUUGCAAUCAAAAUCAUUAAAAACAAGAAACCAUUCCUCAACCAAGCUCAGAUUGAGGUAAAGCUCCUUGAAAUGAUGAACAAGGCUGAUGUGGACAACAAAUAUUAUAUAGUGAGACUGAAGCGACAUUUUAUGUGGCGUAAUCACCUUUGUCUAGUCUUUGAAUUACUGUCGUACAAUUUGUAUGAUCUAUUGCGAAAUACUAAUUUUCGUGGAGUGUCCUUGAACUUAACGCGAAAAUUUGCGCAGCAGUUAUGCACUGCAUUACUAUUUCUUUCAACCCCAGAGCUCAAUAUAAUUCACUGUGACCUCAAGCCAGAGAAUAUUUUGCUGUGCAAUCCUAAAAGGUCAGCAAUCAAAAUUGUGGACUUUGGUAGCUCAUGUCAAUUGGGGCAGAGGAUAUAUCAAUAUAUACAGUCUCGGUUUUAUCGUUCGCCUGAGGUACUUCUAGGCAUUUCUUAUGACUUGGCUAUUGACAUGUGGAGUCUUGGCUGUAUAUUAGUAGAAAUGCAUACCGGGGAACCAUUGUUCAGUGGCGCCAAUGAG